AUGAGUACACUGGAUGCAACUAGAGCAGAACUUGCUCUUGCAGUUCUGUAUCUGAACAAGGCUGAGGCCAGGGACAAGAUUUGCAGGGCAAUACAAUAUGGCUCAAAAUUCUUGAGUAAUGGAGAACCUGGAACAGCCCAAAAUGUUGACAAAUCAACUAGUUUGGCACGAAAAGUUUUUCGCCUUUUCAAGUUUGUCAACGAUCUGCAUGGUCUUAUUAGUCCAACUCCUACAGGAACUCCUCUCCCGCUUGUUCUGCUCGGAAAGUCCAAGAAUGCAUUGCUGUCAACUUUUCUAUUUCUUGAUCAAAUUGUCUGGCUUGGUAGAACAGGUAUCUAUAAGAACAAAGAGCGUGCUGAUCUAAUUGGCCGGAUCUCUCUUUUCUGUUGGAUGGGUUCCUCAGUUUGCACUACUUUGGUUGAGAUUGGGGAGAUAGGAAGGCUUUCUGGACAACUUAAAAAGUUGGAGAAGGAUCUGAAGAAUAGUGAUAAGUAUCAAAACGAACAAUACCGUGCUAAACUCAAAAAAUCAAAUGAGAGGUCACUAGCCCUGGUUAAAGCAGCCAUGGAUAUAGUGGUAGCGGCUGGGUUGCUUCAGUUGGCACCUAAGAAAAUUACUCCUCGUGUCACUGGAGCCUUGGGAUUUACUACCUCUCUGAUAUCCUGUUAUCAGUUGCUUCCAGCUCCAGCGAAGUCCAAGACAGCCUAA